AUGUCGUCGCUGCUCUGCCAAGAGGCGCUCGGGCCCAGCUCAAACCUCAACUCGAGCUCCGACGACUUCCUCCUUGAACACCCGUCACAGCUCCAAACACACCCACUCCCCUCUCUCAAAACCCAUCAGACCGCCUUCAGGAUGUUCAAGAGUGGAGUCGCGCGGGCCUCCCGCCUCGCCCUUCGCCCUCAAACCACCUUCCAGUCCUCCUUCCAGCCCAAGGCCUUCGUCCCGGCCAUCUCCCAGCGCUUCGCGAGCAGCAAUGCCACCGUAGGCAAGAUCCACCAGGUCAUUGGUGCUGUCGUGGACGUCAAGUUCGACACCGAGCAGCUCCCACCCAUUCUCAACGCCAUUGAGACCGAGAAUGGCGGCACAAAGCUGGUGCUUGAGGUGGCACAACAUUUGGGUGAGAACACGGUGCGCUGCAUUGCUAUGGACGGUACGGAAGGUCUCGUCCGUGGCUCUCCAGCAACCGACUCCGGCUCGCCUAUCAUGAUUCCCGUCGGCCACGGUACUCUUGGUCGCAUCAUGAACGUCACUGGUGACCCCAUCGACGAGCGCGGCCCCAUCAAGCACGAGAAGAAGCUGCCCAUCCACGCCGAGCCACCGGAGUUCGUCGACCAGUCGACCUCCGCUGAGAUGCUGGUCACCGGUAUCAAGGUUGUCGACCUUCUCGCCCCAUACGCCCGUGGUGGUAAGAUUGGUCUCUUCGGAGGUGCAGGUGUCGGCAAGACUGUGUUCAUUCAGGAGCUCAUCAACAACAUCGCCAAGGCACACGGUGGUUUCUCCGUGUUCACCGGUGUCGGCGAGCGUACCCGUGAGGGCAACGAUCUCUACCACGAGAUGCAGGAGACUGGUGUCAUCCAGCUCGAUGGCGAUUCCAAGGUCGCUCUGGUGUUCGGUCAGAUGAACGAGCCCCCAGGUGCCCGUGCCCGUGUCGCUCUUACCGGUCUUACGGUAGCUGAGUACUUCCGUGACGAGGAGGGCCAGGAUGUGCUUCUCUUUAUCGACAACAUCUUCAGGUUCACUCAAGCCGGUUCCGAGGUGUCUGCCUUGCUGGGACGCAUCCCAUCUGCCGUCGGAUACCAGCCAACCCUCGCCAUCGACAUGGGUGGUAUGCAAGAGCGUAUCACCACCACCCAGAAGGGGUCCAUCACUUCCGUGCAGGCCGUCUACGUGCCAGCUGACGAUUUGACUGACCCUGCUCCUGCCACCACCUUCGCCCAUUUGGACGCCACCACUGUGCUUUCCCGCGGUAUCUCUGAGUUGGGUAUCUACCCAGCUGUCGACCCUCUGGACAGCAAGAGCCGUCUGCUCGACCCACGUGUGCUCGGCCAGGACCACUACGACACCGCCUCGCGCGUGCAGCAGAUGCUCCAGGAGUACAAGUCCCUCCAGGAUAUCAUCGCCAUUCUGGGUAUGGACGAACUGUCUGAGCAGGACAAGCUUACCGUUGAGCGGGCCCGUAAGCUCCAGCGUUUCCUGAGCCAGCCUUUCACCGUCGCCCAAGUGUUCACUGGUAUCGAGGGUACCCUCGUCGACAUCAAGGACACCAUUCGAUCCUUCAAGUCCAUCAUCAACGGCGACUGCGACGACCUGCCCGAGGGUGCCUUUUACAUGGUUGGUGACGUCGACAGCGCGCGCGCGAAGGGUGAGAAGAUUCUCGCAGACCUCGAGAAGUCAUAG